UUUGGGGUCUUUUUCAUGGUAAUCUUGCAACAGUAAGAAAACCAUGGAUGUGGACAUUUCAAUUCCGAAUCAGAAAGUUGGGGACACGCCUCUUGUGAAUGGAGAUUGCAAACCACCAGUGGAAUUGUCUGAUUCUGCCCUUGACUCCCCUAAAUCUGUCUCUACUAGUCCUGCCAUUGGAUUUCGACAUCACCUACCACAGAUAGCAAACUUGACACGCAACACCAAGAUUGCACAGAGCAAGGCCAGUGCUAAGAGGGAGAGUACAGAAUGUAUACCAAAUGUUGAGGCAACUCUACACAUAGAGGGCACAGGGAAAGUAGUCAAAUUGGACGCAGAUUUGAAAACAGAACUAUGUGUACAAGAGGCUGGAGAUGUUAGUCCAGGCACAGGUGAUGUGGCAAAAACCGAGGAAGAAACAGAAAAGGAGAAAAGCGAUGAUACAGGCAAGUCAAAGUCCCGUAGCGGAAAAAAGAGUAGAAAACCUGCUAGUACAAUAAAGAAAAAUGCAGAAGAAUCGCCACAAAUUGCAGAUAAGAAAACCGAAUCCAAUCCUUCUCCAGAAAAAUUGUCACCAUCAAACCAGGUUUAUAAGAAUAUUUUUCAGGAAACUGUUGUAUUGGGUAAAAGAAACCGGAAACCUAAAAAAAUAGAUUUUGAAGAGGAGAAAACAUCCCAAAAAGGUACUACAACUACUGUACGAAAAAAAACUCCUGAAAUAAAGGAAGAACCGCAUACAGAAAGAGUUACUAAGGUGGAGGAAGAGAAACCAGCACAGUGGUUGGUUGGUGAUGUUCUGUGGGGGAAAGUGCCUGGACAUCCAUGGUGGCCAUGUAUGGUUGCUUACGAUCCCUUCCAGGGACUCUAUACAAAGUUUAAUAAACGGGUUCGGUUGUAUCAUGUGCAGUACUUCGGUCAUGAAGAAGAGAGAGGAUGGCUUUUCUCUUCCAGCAUCAUGGAAUUUCAAGGCAGGAAACAAUAUGAAGACCACAAGUCUGAACUUCUUAAAAAUGCAAAAAAGCAGGGUAAACAAAGACUUGAGAAACUGUAUAAGGUGAGCAACAGUCGUGCAGCAGCAUGGAACAUAGCUAUCAAGGAAGCAGAGGAGGCUCUACCUAUGUCUAGGAAUGAAAGAAAGCAGCACUACACUUACGUAUAUGCUUCAAAAGACAGUGAAGACAGUAAAGCCAGUGACAAGACUGUUAGUAAAAGUGACACUAAAACAGAAGCUGAUAUUGUGAAAGACACAAGAAAAAGAAAGAGGAAAUCUGACAAAGAUGAGUCGGGAGCUACAGCCACAGCUAAACGAAAAAAACUGGAGACUGCUAAUUCCAGUGAACCAGUGGUAUCACCAAGACAAGGAAGUGGGGAUGGAUCGUUUGAUGUGUUUUGUCAGAAACAUAGAGACAGUGCAAAAGAGGAACAUCCUGACUUGGACGAGACAGCAUUGGUAGCUUAUCUCAAACAACAGUGGUGCAUGAUGAGUAAAAAGCAGAAGGCUAGAUACAGGUCGAAGUUCACAUCUGACCAGGGUUCUCCUGAGCCACAGAGGAAAAUGGCAUCAGGCAGAAUUUCAAAACCUACUCCUAAAUUUCUAGAAAUGCUUGAGGAAACGGAGGAGGAAGAAUUUUCUGAAACGUCCAAUAAAAAAGCCACCCCAAAACCAAAGGCUCCUACCAGGUCUGCGAGACGCCCAGCUACACCAGAAUCCCAGUCAUCUUUAGAAUGUAUAAUUAACAGUGUGGCAACAGGAGUGAUAGGAGUUGAAGAGACUACUAAUGAUACAAUGACGGAGGAAACAAAGGAGAAUGCUACUUCUACUCCAACAGCACCUGUCAAAGUCAAUCGCAGGAGGAAGUCUGCAGCAUCCUCAGUCGAUACAGACAGCAACACAGACAUUCAGGAGGAAAGCAAACCUGUGAUACCAGUACCCAAAGCGGUAGCUAAAGAACCAGAGGAGGAAUAUGAGUUAGAAAUAUUUAAAUUGUCAUCACGUGCACCAACGAUGAAGGAAAACUUGUGUGAAAUAUGUCACAAGGCUGGGGACCUGCUCAUAUGUGAAGGCCAGUGUCAAGGGAACUUCCAUAAGGAUUGUCUUGGUCUAAGUGUCAAACCAUCCGGAGUCUUCAAGUGUGAUGAGUGCAUAACAGGAAACCAUACAUGUUUCUUUUGCAAGAAGGCGGAUAAAGAUACAAAAUGUUGUAUUGUGCCUACAUGUGGUAAAUUUUACCAUGAAAACUGUGUGAAUAAAUGUUUGAAUGCACGGACAGAAAGUAAAGGACUUGUGUGUCCCCUACAUAGUUGUGCUACCUGUUCUAUAGAUAAUCCAAAGAGUGCCAAGAAUAGUAACAGAGGUAAACUGUUGCGCUGUGUUCAGUGUCCAACAGCGUAUCAUGCAGGAGAGUUUUGUAUAGCAGCAGGUAGUGAGGUUCUGCCAGGGUAUAAUAUCCUUUGUAGUAAACACUUCCAGCCUCUUCCAUCCCAACGACACCAUAGUCAUGUGAACCUCAGCUGGUGCUUUGUCUGCAACAGAGGAGGAUCCUUGCUGUGUUGUGAAAGUUGCCCAGCAGCUUUCCAUGCAGAGUGCCUGAAGAUGGAUCAUACUCCAGAAGGCAGUUGGUACUGUCAUGACUGUUCUCAAGGCAAAAGACCAUUGUAUGGAGAUAUUAUUUGGGUGAAACUUGGCAACUAUAGAUGGUGGCCAGGUGAGAUUUGCUGUCCACAUAAUGUGCCUUUAAAUAUACAAGAGAAGAAUCACCAGGUUGGAGAGUUUCCUGUUCGAUUCUUUGGUUCACAUGAUUAUUUUUGGAUUCACAUGGGAAGGGUAUUUUCAUUCCAAGAAGGGGACAAGGGUAGCAGAGAGUCCAGCCUUGGGAAACACCUGGCUAAGGUGUUCUCCAAUGGUGUAAAAGAGGCUAUGGAAGCCUACAAAUUGUGGAAAAAGGCCAAGGAGAACAAAGAACAAAUUGAACAGCAGAAAUCUGAUAGAAAGCCAGCACCUUAUAAGUUUAUUAAAACAAAUAUUCCUCUGGGUAAUGUACAGAUCUAUAAGGCAGAUUUGUCAGAAAUCCCGCGGUGUGAGUGUCGGACAGAUCAGGAAAAUCCCUGCAGCAGUGAGACAGACUGUCUCAAUCGAAUGUUGAUGUAUGAGUGUAAUCCCAAUGUCUGUCCUGCUGGUGAAAAAUGUCAGAACCAACGCUUCCAGAAACGGUCCUAUCCAGACUCAGUACCAUUUAAAACUGCUGAGGGUAGGGGCUGGGGACUAAAAACCUUAGUCAAUAUUAAAAAGGGCCAGUUUGUGAAUGAGUAUGUUGGAGACUUGAUUGACGAACUAGAGGUGAAAAAGAGAAUUGAUGACGCUCAUGAGAACAAUAUUUGUAAUUUCUACAUGUUAACUUUGGACAAAAACAGAAUUAUAGAUGCUGGGCCAAAAGGUAAUCUGUCUCGGUUCAUGAAUCACUGUUGCAAUCCGAAUUGUGAGACACAGAAGUGGACUGUCAAUGGUGAUGUACGUGUAGGCCUUUUUGCCCUAAACGACAUACCAGCAGGUUCUGAACUGACAUUCAACUACAAUCUAGAAUGCCUUGGUAAUGAUAAGACAGCUUGUUGUUGUGGAGCUCCCAAUUGCAGUGGGUUUCUAGGAGUACGACCUAAGACAGCCGCUGCUGUGGCUAAUGAGCGAAGAGCUAAGGAAGCAUUAGAAGCAAAGAAGAAGAAAAGGAAACCCAAGAAGAUAAAAACUGAUGUUAAGAAAGAGCAUGAAGAUGAGUGUUUUAGAUGUGGGGAAGGUGGUGAGCUUGUCAUGUGUGACAAGGCUGGUUGUCCCAAAGUCUACCACCUCCAGUGUCUCAAGCUCAACAGACCUCCACAUGGGAGCUGGUAUUGCCCUUGGCAUCACUGUGACACUUGUGGUAAAAUGGCAGUCAAGAUGUGCCAGGAAUGUCCAAACUCAUUCUGUCAGAACCACACAGAGGACAAUCUGAUCGAGGUUAAUGGAAUUCUCUUGUGCUUGGAACAUGAAGAUACUGAGGUGACCUCGUCCAGUUGUGCAUCCUCAGUUGUUUCAGACAGCCAAUCAGAUGCCGGGGAGGCAAAUGAUACGCUAACAGAGAAUACGAGACAAAACAGUAAUCAUUCAGCUGUGGACAGUCAUGCUGAGAAUGGCAAGAAUGAUUCCUCAAAAACGCUGGAUAUAAGAAAAUCAGGAAAGGCUGUCACAAAAAAUCUGCCAAGUGUAAACAUUCCUCAUAAAGCUAUCACCAAUCUUGAUAGAAAACGCAGCUUAAACAAAAAGGACAGUAGGAGAAAGCGACAACUGGGAAGUGCGGUGAUCCCAGAGGCAGGUGGUAAGAAAGGUCGCAAGGCAGAUUGUGUCGAGGGUCGGAAAGUCCAAGGUGGUAAGGGGGAUCCCCUGGCUGUGGCACCGAUGUUCGACGACAGUGAUGAUGAUGGCUUCUCUGACCUCGUCAUAGACAUACCACAGAUCAAUUAGUCAAGCCAAGAUGACUUCAGAACUGUUUUAAGAUAAACAUAUUUUAAUUUUUAUUUCUAAAUUUGAAUUUACCACAAAUUCGAAAGGUGUAUUUUAAAAUGAAAACAGUUCUCACUUGUUUGUAAAGCAUGAAUAUCUUAUGAAGUUGUGUUUCUCAGUUGUAUUUUUUAACUGUUUCAAAACAGAAAAUUUAGUAAAUUAUUAAAGCUAUGCAAUAUUACACAAAGGAUAUUUAUAAAUCUUUUUCCUAUCAUUUUCCCCCUUUCCUUUACACUGAACAAAAGGUAAUUGAUAAAUAUGAUUUUUUUUGGGGGGGGGGGUGGUUGCAGUUAAUUAUAGAAAAUAGUUUCAAUCUAAGAACUUUUGAAUUGUUUGCAAAACAAAAAGUGAUGACUGAUUUGAACAAUUUGUCUGAAUUGCUUCAGUGUUUAUGCAUUUUAUAUUUUUAUCUCAUUCUGUUUUAAUUGAUCAUAUCGGUUUUUUUUUAUUUCUCCUUUGCUGCAACCUCUGAUUUGCAAUUCUUUCUGUGAGGUACAUGUGUAUAGGAAAUACCAAUAAUAUAUAGCAAAGAGGCAGAAUACUACAACACUGCUUUAAAGUCUUAUAUGAAUAUUUUAAUUUGUAAAUAAAAAAUGUUGUAAAUAUGUACAAACUUUCUCAAUAGAAGAAACUACUGAUAUAACAAAAACUAAUAUGGAUAAAAGUGAAUGAUGUCCAUUGAUUUUAUGUGUUCCUGUAGGAAUCUCCUCAGAGCCAUAAUGGCAUUGUCAAUUACAUUUAAAGAGGAAAUAAUAUGAAAUAAGGUUUGUAACUUUUUUUUGUGUCAUAGAAACCUCAUUCAUCAAACCAAGCUUCCCAAACUGGGUAAAAGUGUCAUCUCUUUAAAUUCAUGGUUUAUGGACAUGAAAUUGGACAUGGCAUAGAUGUUGCAGGAAUGUACAAGUGCUAUGUCGUAAGGAUAAAAUUCACUGUUCCUGGUAUAUGUGUGUAUUUAUCAUGAACUUUGUCAUUAUUCGGUCCAAUAAUUAUGUACAUCUCCUCUAUGGGGUCUGUAUGUACACUGUCCAUUGUGGUAGUUAUAUAUAUCGUCUGUGAAUCAAUCAACUAUAGAACCAAUCAGGGAGGAUUUGUCAGCAGACUGACUCGAUGCUUUACAGAUCCAGAUAUGUCCAGUAUAUUCCCAUUUAGAGAAGAAGUAAGCAGGUGCCCUUUAUCAGUCAGCAGCUACUGGAGCCACAAUUUAUAUCUUCAUCUCAUAUGUACAUAUUAAUGAGCAUUAAGGUUCAGGAUUUGUGUAGUUUUGUUCUAUGUGGUAGUGUUAUCAGGUCUGUAAUCACUAGUCUGAUAAAAAAUAUUUCUGGUUAUAAACCUUAAACAGCAUAUUCAUGCCUUUCACCGAGUGACUGUAGUAACUGUCCAGGAUUAAGUUACCUAUGCUUCCCAUAUGAGUAUGUUUUCAUCAGUAGUUGAUGAAAGAGAAGUAAUUGGAGGUCAACACAACCAAUCAUUCUGCCUCAAACAUACUUUAAAAUUUCUCGGAAAGAUUUUGAUUGGAAGACAAAUUGAUUAAUAAAUGUAAAAACAAAUUAAUUUUGUUCUCGAAUAUUGGUCAUGUUCAUUUAUCAAGUGAUUUGACUGAACAUUUUGUUAUUUUUGAAGAUUAAUCAUUAAAUUCUUUUUUGUAUGUAUGGGUUUUUUUAAUGUUGUUUUCCCAUAGUUAGUAGAGUUUGAACCAGGGAGCUAUAAUGUUAUAUAAUCAUGGUGAUUCAAUUUGAAAGUAAAUGUCCAUUCUUCAUGUCAUUACAACAUUACAUUACAUUAUAAAAUAUUUUGUGAAUGUAGAGAAACCAUUGUCUGGAGCAGCAGGGCAAAUAUAUAUGAUGGGAAUUUGUAGAUGUAAAUUUUUAUCAUAUGCAUAGACUUUUAUUAUCUGGCAUCAUUCUGUGUAUACAUAUUUCUUCAACAUAAUAAAAGUAUGUUUUCAUUGA